AAUCACCACUGGGUUUUUUAUGUUUUGCUAAACCAAAAACAACUGAACAUUUUGAAAAAAAAAAAAAGUGUUUUCUUAGUUUUUGAUUUACAAUUUUGUAAAUAACUGAUUCUUCUCCUUCACUGAUAUGCCCUAAUGAGGCUGCAGUGAUGGGCACUGACAGGCUUCACUGAUGGGCACUGAAAGGCAGCACUUAUAUAUGGCACUGACAGGUGGCACAGAUAGCUGGCACUGAUGGACACUGACAGG